AAAUCUUUGAUUUCGGGCCAAAGAUGUCGAAGAGCAAGCUACUUCAAGUACUACUUUCAGGAUCAGGAGAUAGUUGGUUCAUCAACUUACUUUUCACAACAGAGGAAGAACGUAGCCUCAGGUUGCCCAUUUCGAAUUCGACAUUUGCAUGCGGAUGUUGCGUCCCAUUGUUUUACUAGUCUCGUGGUACGAAGAAGUUCAAGGUUGGUCGUGUCUAGCUUUUCUCGAGAGAAAAUUCUAGUGUGCAAUACAGAAACACACGACCCCAGCGCAGAAUGGAGUCGACGCGGCGCACGGAAGGACGUCAUGAUGCUCUCUCGUCCUCGCCCACUGGCGGUACCGAUCGAAGCAGUGAGACAGCUGUUUUAACUGGAACCAGCAGGAGCAGUUCCAGCAGAAAUCUCCACUGGCGGGAAGAACAGAGGGACCACAACGUGGGCGAGAGAAGCAGGAGGUCUUUCCAGCCGGCAUCGUGCCACCAGGUAGUACCGCAGCAUUGUGCAACUGACUGUUCCAAGGAAGAAGACCUUUUCUAUGAUGCGCACGAAGAUUUUUCGAACGCGACGACCCCACCUGCGUCCUCCAGAACGAGGGGAAUAAAUCGGAGCAGCGAGGAAAGAAGCCGAAGCAGUAAUAACUCUCACGACCACGGCACCAGCGGCUCCUACACGCCAGCAGAAGUAGCGCAAAUUGAACUAGCGACAUGCGCGAUUCUUGAGUCAACAGAAGAACGUCCUCUGCCGUGCUUCUGCAAAACAAGCUCAAAGCCGCGAAGACCCCGAAGAGCUGACGGCAAGACGAGCAACAGUUGUCACUUCUCUUCGCGUAGCGGGGGUAAAGCAACGAGAAGUCCAGCAAAAAAGUCGGAAGCAGGACAAAAGACAAACCGCACAACUCGCUUCAGCCGGUUUUUCCUCGGAGCGUGCAGUUUGGCCGGGUCAGCGUACGCACUGUCCAACCAGUGUCGAGUGGAAUUCGAUAAGAUGUACCUCGAGGACGUGCAGCGUACAGUUUCUUUUUUGAUUUCGCUUCUAAAUCGAAAUCUCUCGCUCUCCUGUGAUGAAGUGGACGGUUUUUUCUGUUGCAUGCACGCAUCUAUCGAUCUCUCUGCGUUGAACAGCAACAUCAUACAUAAUAGCUUUUAUCCACCACACAACAGAUUUCAUUUCCUGGAAACAUUUUUGGACGUUUUGCGGGGUGAGACAGCAGAAUCGGCUGGCGACGUGCUGCGACACAAUCGACUUCGCGACCAAGCAGUCCAGCGGGUGCACAGACGCUUGUAAGGAUUUAUUUGCACAGGAUUUAUUUUCACGCUGAUAUAUGUGAUUCUAAUUUUGUUUAAUGUCUCAUUCACACUCACGCUGCUCUCAUCAUCGUUCGGUGCACGGCUGUGAUGUCGAGUGGCACGCAGCUUCGUGAGGGAUACGUAUAAACUUUGGGUUGAAAGAAAAUGAAAAUGAUUGUAAGAUUUAGUUGGUAAUCUCCGUCUUCUUCAUGGCAGGGUCAUGUACAACACACAGGUAAAACGACUUGCCUCUUCUCCGAGUACGAAAAUUUUUGCGAGGGCGCAGCACCGGCAAGCACGCCCAGGAUCGCGUGCACUGCAACGCGGCUGCCCUACAAGGUACAAUACAUUGCUGUUUCCGCACUAACAGAAGUGCAACUACGUACAUUCUACGGCCAAGGAUGUUAGUAGAACUAUGCCAAACAGAGCAAUUUCGAUGAGAUUGAUUUCUUUGCUGCACUUCGUUCAACAAUACUGCAAAAAAAUACAGAGCGACAUCGGGGAAUUCCAAUCGGAGGAGACUUUCUGCAUUCCCGAGUCGUGUAACACAGACGCGGAUUUAGCUGGUAUUGAUUCCACUGGAAAUUGGAAUUGUUUGAAGUGGAAGUAGUAGUAGAUGAAGUUAAAAAUUCGAUUUAGGUAUUUGCUUCUAUCAAUGAUGAGAGUUCGCGUGUUAGUUAUAGUUUUGUUUGGGAUAGAAUACAAGCACACGAAUAAAAAGAUCUAGAUCAACAUUUCGCCAGUGUCAAUCUACAGUGUGGUAAGUAUGUUGUGCCUCGAGAACGCAUUAUACGCUUUUUCUGAAUGCCAGGUAUUAUGGAGCACUACUCCACCUCCGUGCAGGAGGACAUUGACCCACUAUAUUCCACCGGAGAGUACACGGAUGCGGUCAUCACCUGCCCGUCCAACACCCUGCAAACGGUUUUGAUCGUGCUUGGCGUGAUUUUCGGGGUGGCUAGUCUCGCUGGGCUGCUGUACUACCUGUGCCGGGUGCCGGCGCAGGCGCUGGACACGGGCGUCAGCUCGAGGACGAUUGCCCCCGAGAAUGUGGUCUUCCGCUCCAAAGAGAUCAUGGACGCCGAGGGGCAAAACAAGGCGAUUGGGAUGUGAUGCAAUUCUAUUAUGUCUGAACAGAACUUUUUUGUCGUGCUGAGACUUCUGCAAGGGGGAAGGGAAAGUUAUACAUAGUUAGAGCUGCAUCAUUUACAGUCGUCGUCUCAGGAAGUGCUAUGUAUUUGUAGUUUAGUUUUUAUCUUCGAAGGCGUAGGCUCACCAGGUCUUGAUCUGCCCUUACUACACCUGAUUAUACUAUCAUAAUUUGCAAAACGUCAUGAAGGUGAAUAUCGCUUCCGUGACCGAAGAAUCGAAUUUAGACAGAGAUGAGUCAAGAAGUUAGUUGCGAACUUUGCUUGUACGCCCAGAAAGGAUUAAUUCGAACAAUAGCUAGCCCGACUUUUUUGAUAGCGCAUUGCUUCGACAGAGAAACGCCAAUAGUUGUAAAGAGCUUCUUACACGAGCCUUGUUUUUGACUAAAGGAAAAAUUGAAACUACACCGAUGAAAAAAGAGGUCAAUGGGGACCAGAAUGAUGAAAGAAACGAGAUGAAACAGAUUUACUGAGCUACUUGCAACAGAUGAAAUACAAAUGAGAUAAUGUUUUUCACUGUACCAACUUGUCGUUUUCUUAUUUUACAAGGACUCCACAACUACAACUGCAGUCAAC